AUGGAUCCUCACGAAGCCUGGAACGACACCAUUAGAGAGUUGUGUUUCGGCAAUGACUCUUCCGAUGAGGAAGAUAAUUUGUUCCUUGCGACUGUGGCCGCGAUCCAUGAGUCGUCGGCAACACAGCGCGGAGCUUGGGGCGGUUCAGUGCCCGGACGUCGCCGUAUCCAGCGGAAUCGCUUGGAAGGGCACCAAAGGUUGUUCAAUGACUACUUCGUCGAUCCCCCUGUGUACCCCGAUUACAUAUUCCGGCGCAGGUUCAGGAUGAAACGUGGCAUGUACCUCAGAAUCGUGGAGGCAGUUGAGGACCGUGACCCGUGGUUCCAACAGAGGAGGAACGCGGCACGGGAGCUCGGACUGUCCGCGUUGCAAAAAGUCACUGCGGCGUUUCGUAUGCUAGCAUACGAUGCUCCUGCCGAUUCGCUGGAUGAGUGCCUCCGACUCGGAGAGUCCACCAUCAUUGAGAGUAUGAGGCGGUUUGUUCGGGCCGUCGUCGAGGUGUUUGGCGAUGAGUACCUCCGUUCUCCAAACAAGGAGGACACCGCUCGUUUGAUUGCUACAAACGAGCGAAGAGGGUUCCCGGGGAUGCUGGGAAGCAUCGAUUGUAUGCAUUGGAGGUGGAAGAACUGUCCGACAGCCUGGUCGGGUUCUUUCACCGGCCACGUCAACUCUCCGACGAUCAUACUAGAGGCGGUGGCGUCGCAGGACCUGUGGAUUUGGCAUGUCUUCUUUGGAAUGCCGAGUUCCCUGAACGACAUCAACGUUCUGCACCGCUCGCAUCUGCUCGACAACCUUGCAGCUGGUGUGGCACCACAGGACACGCACACGCACCACCACAGUGAUGAGAGGUUCAUGGCGUUCGGCCACUUGGCCGGCCACCUUGGCAGCUUCGAUGACGGCAACGUGUCGCUGACGCUGGGCCUGCUACUAUGCAACGACGCUAGUGCCGUGCCGGCUGAGCAGCAAUGGCUGCACUGCUCCACCCUCCCCUACCCACCCCCUCGGUCUAGGCUGCUCCCGGCUUCUCCCCUCCUUCGUGGGAGUGCCUGGUGGGGCUACGGGGUCUGUCGAUGA